UAUACUUUAAUAAAGGUGUAAAAAUAAUAAUAAUAAUAACUUUAAAAAAAUAAUUAAAAAAAAUAACUGAGACAAUAAAGUAAAAUAAUACAAAAUAAGAACAACCUCGGACUUAGUAUAAAAAUAAAAAAAAAUGCGGAAAGAUUCUAGAAGAUUCUGUUAGAAGGUUUUCAUUUCUUAUGGUUUUACAGUACAAUACAUGUUGCGCAGUAUACGAUAAACCCUGCUUGCCUUUACAGACUUUCCAUUGAAGGGUUAAACGAAUUUACCAUCCACAGAGCGGUUUACUGAGGGUUAGUUACUGCGGCGCAGCGUACGAGCGCUUGAGCGCAACUUCAGUACUCAGAGCUGCGAGCAGUCAGCAGCACCAGCAAACAUAAACAAUGGCGGAGCAGCUGUAAACCCAGCACACAGAGGAUCGAAUUUGCCCCAUGGAUGGGCAUUUCGCGUACACCGACAUGGAAAGCCCGACCGAAAACCCCAGUAAGGCGACGGAGUACCUGAAAGAGCUCAAUAAAAUCAUCGAAACCCAGCAGGAGUUGUUGGAGAGGCAGAAGAUUCGGAUUGAAGAGCUCGAGCAGCAAGUGACUGAUCUUUGUCAGGAGAACGCGUGCCUCAAGGAUCAGCACCAGAGGCACCUGGCCACCUGCAGACUGCAACAACAGGGCAACAGUCACUCUACGCUGGGUGCCAUAAAGGAAAAUGUGAUCCAAGAAAAGAAUGAAAGUGAAGGCCUGCAUGUCUCAAAUGUCAGUGUGGAAGGUGAGGCUCCGGGCGGUGAGGCAGGUCCCUCUCUGGAGAACAGUGGCGGAUACAUACGAGGGCCAGUGACCCGCACUGCCAUCAUCAGUGGCGAGCACUUUGACGGGCCACCGCUGUACGCUCACGAGGUACGGCAGCGUCCGCGGCGUCCCAAACUCCAGCACUCUCAGUCCAUCCUACGCAAACAGGCUGAGGAGGAGGCCAUCAAACGCUCCCGAUCACUGUCUGAGAGCUAUGAGCUCUCCACUGACCUUCAAGACAAACAGGUUGAAAUGCUGGAGCGCAAGUAUGGAGGGCGUUUUAUAACCCGACAUGCUGCACGCACAAUCCAGACUGCCUUCCGCCAAUAUCAGAUGAACAAGAACUUUGAGCGCCUCAGGAGUUCUAUGUCAGAGAACCGCAUGUCCAGACGCAUCGUUUUGUCCAAUAUGAGAAUGCAGUUUUCUUUUGAAGGACCUGAAAAAGUCCACAGUUCCUACUUUGAGGGGAAGCAGGUGUCACUUACUGAAGAUGGGUCUAAAUUAGGAGCCUUGGUGCAAUCAGAGCAUGGUGAAAUGGUCCCCGCCAACAUGAAGUCACCUGCUGUCCAGAGUGAUUUCACGGAUGCCAUCACAGAGCUGGAGGACGUUUUCUCACGGCAGGUGAAAUCGUUGGCCGAGUCGAUAGACGAUGCUCUGAACUGUCGGAGCUUGCAUGGUGAUGAGGGUCAGCCUGAGCCCACCAGAGGUCAUGCAGACCUGGAACAAGAGGUUACUUACCAGGUUAAACCUUCCCACGGCAGCAACCACCGAAAACGAGACGAGAUGACGGCGUCCUACAGCGAUGUGACUUUAUAUAUAGAUGAGGAAGAGCUCUCCCCUCCUCUUCAUCUAUCACAGUCCGUCGACAGACCUUCUAGCACAGAAUCAGACCUCCGUCUGCGUUCUUUGAACUCUUCACAGGACUACUGGUCACUAGCUCAUAAGGAUGAAAAAGGGGACACGGACACUAGCUGCCGCAGUACCCCGUCUCUGGAGUGUCAAGAACAGAGGCUGAGAUUAGACCACCUACCCCUGCUUACUAUCGAACCUCCCAGCGAUAGCUCAGUUGAGUUGAGCGACCGCUCUGACCACAGUUCACUCAAGAGGCAGAACGCCUACGAUCGGGGUGUCGCCAGCCAGAAGGGCAGUCCUAAACACAUCCCUCCUCACGCCCUACCACUACGAGGACCUUCGAGAGAUGAUGAUGCCCCUCGCCAUCGACCUCGCCAGCUGGAGAGCCACCUGGCAAUCAAUGGCACCGCCAACCGACAGAGCAAGUCAGAGUCUGACUUCUCAGAUGGCGAUAACGACAGCAUCAACAGCACUUCCAAUUCCAAUGACACCAUCAACUGCAGUUCGGAGUCCUCGUCUAGGGAUAGUCUUCGAGAGCAGACUCUUAGCAAGCAGACGUACCAUAAGGAGACGCGCAAUAGCUGGGACUCGCCUGCAUUUAGCAAUGAUAUCAUUCGCAAGAGGCACUACCGCAUUGGCCUGAACCUUUUCAACAAGAAGCCAGAGAAAGGCAUCCAAUACCUGAUUGAGCGAGGAUUUGUUCCAGACACACCUGUGGGUGUUGCGCACUUCCUGUUACAGAGGAAGGGGCUGAGCCGGCAGAUGAUUGGCGAGUUCCUGGGCAACAGGCAGAAACAGUUCAACAGAGAUGUCCUUGACUGUGUUGUAGAUGAGAUGGACUUCUCAGGAAUGGAGCUGGAUGAAGCCUUGAGAAAAUUCCAGGCUCAUAUCCGGGUGCAAGGAGAAGCACAGAAGGUGGAACGACUCAUUGAAGCCUACAGUCAGCGAUACUGCAUCUGCAACCCGGGGGUGGUGCGUCAGUUUAGAAACCCGGAUACCAUCUUCAUCCUGGCAUUUGCCAUCAUCCUCCUCAACACGGACAUGUACAGCCCAAAUGUGAAGCCAGAGAGGAAGAUGAAACUGGAGGACUUUGUGAAGAACCUUCGUGGGGUGGACGAUGGCGAGGACAUCCCACGUGAGAUGUUGGUCGGCAUCUAUGAGCGAAUCCGGAAACGAGAACUGAAGACUAACGAAGACCACGUGUCCCAGGUGCAGAAGGUGGAGAAACUCAUCGUCGGCAAGAAACCAAUCGGGUCUCUGCAUCAUGGCCUUGGAUGUGUACUGUCUCUACCACAUCGCAGACUGGUAUGUUACUGCAGACUGUUUGAAGUGCCCGACCCUAACAAACCUCAGAAGCUGGGUCUCCAUCAGAGAGAGAUCUUCCUCUUUAAUGAUCUUCUGGUGGUCACUAAGAUUUUCCAGAAAAAGAAGAACUCUGUGACGUACAGCUUCAGGCAGUCCUUCUCUCUGUACGGGAUGCAGGUGCUUCUGUUUGAAAACCAGUAUUACCCCAAUGGAGUGCGUCUCACUUCAGCUCUUCCAGGUGCAGACAUCAAGGUUCUCAUUAACUUUAAUGCCCCCAAUCCGCAAGACCGCAAGAAGUUCACGGAUGACCUGCGGGAGUCCAUCGCAGAGGUGCAAGAGAUGGAAAAGUACAGAAUUGAGUCUGAACUGGAGAAGCAGAAAGGAGUGGUCCGUCCCAGCAUUUCCCAGAGCUCAGGGCUUAAGAAAGAGACAGGAAAUGGCAAUCUAAGUCGCGCAAGUCUUGAUGACAGCUACGCCGUGGGUGAAGGCCUCAAGAGAAGUGCCCUAAGCAGCUCCCUACGUGACCUUUCAGAUGCAGGCAAGCGGGGGCGCCGCAGCAGUGCAGGAUCUCUAGACAGCAAUAUGGAAGGAUCCAUCAUUAGCAGCCCCCACAUACGACGCCGAGCCACGUCCAGCCACGACUGCCCCUCACACCAGCAGUCCAUCUCCAACUCCUCCUCUCUUCUGGGCUCCCUUUUUGGCACCAAGCGGGGCAAGUCGCCACUGCCUUCGCAAGCCCCCCACCCCUCUCACCCGACGCUCAUCUCUCACACCCCACACCCAUCCAACCUGCACCACACGGCCCGUGAGGGCGUCACUGAGACCCAGGCCCAGAUGCACCCUCACCACCCUCAGUUCUGCCACAUACAGCAAAACCCCCCACCCUACCACCACCACCAUCACUACCACCCACCAGCGCAUAUUCAACACCCCCCUCACCAGUUCCACCCCCCACCCGGCCACUCGCACGGUCCUCACGGCCACAGUCCGCACCCAUCACACCCCACGCACUCCCAGCACGCGCCUCACCACCACAGCCAGCCAACCGCCCCUCCUACAGCGCCCAGUAGCACCAAACCCAAACACAGCGGCAUCAGCACUGUGGUCUGAGCCCGUUUCCGAACGCUUUCCUCUGGGACUGAUUUUGGCAGGUCGCCUGGCGGCAGACCGUGGGUCUUUCUUUAGCUUGCGUACUGAAGAUUGUAAUGUGCAACGAUUGUUGCUGCCUACCAGGACGCAACUGGGGAACGAGAACAAAGAGCACCUUCACUGUUUUACUUCAUCCAGAGCCCGUCACCUCUGUAACAUUGGCCUUCUCCACUGGGGCUGCUAGAACUUUUAUCAUCACUGUUGUUACCAGUCAUCGCUCAAGCUGUAGACUCCCAGACAAAGCUGCUGCUUCUUUUAGCCGUAAUGUAGAGACUUUCAACCCUCAAGAAGCAUGCGCAAAGACCGUGGCAACUGUUUUCUUGUACCUACAAUACCUAAAAUGCAUUAUCAAGUAGCCUGCUUAUUAGUUUGCAGAAACUAUGUUUUGGCCCAGAAAUGGUCUACGGACACGGCCAUGGAUGAAGUCAGUCGCAACGUGGUAUUCCAGUAUUUAAUGUAGCUGUAGACCACACAUUUCUGUGAUAUAGUUAGGGGACUAUAAUGUGCCAAUUACUAAAAAGCAGUGACUGAGAAAAAGAUUUGCAUUGUGUAUGUUGUGCAUAUAGUAUUUUGUAAAAUAAUAAUAAUAAUGUUAUCAGCUAUUAUUGUUAUUAUUAUUGUUAGAGAACUUAACGAUCCGAAGCCUCUACUCUCGAAAUAGGAGUUACUAGUUUCCACUAAUACUGAACUCAGUGUGACCCGCUUGAUUAGGUGGCCAAUUGAACAACGUGGAAUUUAUCGGUUGCCUUUGGAAGAUUCAGGUCGGAAUCUCCCAAUCCGGGAUGGCUGUAUUUGCUUCACCUCCUUAGGGAUCUACUUAGCGCAAACCAAUCACAGGGAUCGUGGGAAGGGGAAGGGCGGGACAGGAACUAAGCCGAGCUCACCGAUGGAUCCUCCACUGCAACAUGCUGCAACAUGGUUUUAUUUUUUUAACUAUUUUUUUAGAGAUGAAUAAAACAAAAUGAAAUAAAUGUACAUUUGAAGAUGUUUAUGGUAUAGCUGGUUAAAACAGAGCAGGCUAUUUUGGAAUCACGUUUAGCAUUAGGGGUAGCGUUUCGUUUAGAAUAGUCAGAUGUAUUGGAGGAAAGCAGGCUGCACUUCAAAGCUGAUCCAAUUCUCUCCCCGUAUUUCAAGGGUUUGUUCCAAGUUUGUGCUAAGAUGUUGAUUUUCUCAGUGGGCUGAGUGCCCUCUUCAUUUCACUUAUGGAGUGUAAACACACUCAUAUUCUUCUGUCCUCCUGUAUGAAUGCCUUUCACUUGCUCAGAAACACAGCUAAUGUAAUGUUAUCUAAUGUCAUGUAAACUGCAUAUAAUAUGUAGCAGUGGGUUGGAUGGAUGUUUCAGCCCCCAGAAUGGACAGUUUUUCACACAUAUCCCCUUUCUUGGUUCAAUUUUUGACUUGUUUUAUACUGUAAAAUAGAUAAAUGGCAAAGGGGCUGUGAUUUGAUUUAGUUUUGUGUGUGAAUGCUCUUUCAACUCAAGCACAGAGCUUCUAAACAGCACUUCUCUUUGUAAAUAAUCACUUCAUGUACAGAAAGAUCGCUCUAUGAGAACAUUGUCAGCGAUUAUGACAUUUGCUGUGCGUUGUUUCUUUUUCUGAUCUUUUUUUUUCUUCUUCUUUUUUUUUUUUUUAAUUAAUCAUGUGCAAUAUGUAUGGUUUUGUAAAUUUAAAGUUUGCAACAUUGUAAAUUCAAAGUGGUUGUCCCUGUUUGUUUGUUUGUUUGUUUGUUUCUGUUACAUCAUAUUUCUUAUAUCAUAUGUCGAACCCCAUAUUGUUUCUCAUCCCCACCGACAUCUUGUUCUCCCUGAUCUCUCUUUACCUGCAACCUGCAGUCAGGAAUGUCAACUCAAGUACUCUUGCAUGUAAAGUUAUAUUGUGGAAAAAAAAAUAUUCUCUCGAUAUUGCAUAUUUCCAGAGAUAUUAUCAGUGUUACAGUUGACCGUUGUUAAAUGAGUGAUGAUAAACAUAUUAAAAUCUGUAGACUUCUUUUCAUUCA